CUUCUAUUUAUUGCGUUCUAUAUAGUCCACUUCUCGCCUCACCGAAUAAUACUAUCAGCUUUUCAGCGGUUGAAAAUAUGAAUCCCGAUAAGAAUCUAGUUGUGGUUGUAGGUGCCGGUGUGACCGGUCUUCAAACUUCCAUUUCUCUUCUACAAUUUGGAUAUGAUGUUGCUAUCGUAGCCAAGCAUUUUCCAGGGGAUAAGUCGAUAGAAUACACCUCGCCAUGGGCGGGAGCUCAAUGGCGCUCCUUUGCCACUGAAAAUGAGGUUGAGCUGCAGCAAUGGGAUUCAGAAAGCUACAGACACUGGCUUAAGGUCAUUGAAGAGGAAGAGGCUACCGGCCCUUCGUCUAAGACGCCCUCGGGCCUUGCGCGUUGUAAAUCACUCUUUUACGGUGCAUUACCAGAGGAGCCUUGGUUUUCAGAUGCCGUGCUCUCCUAUCAGUCUAUUCCAGAAGCGUCGCUGGAAAAAGGCUUUAAGCAUGGUCACACGUUUAUCAGCAUUCUGACUAACGCUCCAAUGUAUAUCCAGCACCUGUACGAAACUGCACAGGCGCUAGGUGUCAUUGAUAUUCGCGCGACUCUUCCUCAUCAUGGCUCGCUGUCGGAAACACUUCAGUGUGCCGGGAACGUGGUAGCGUCACGGGUUAAAGAGCUUGGUCACGGAGCGCCUCCCAAGAUCUCAGCUUUCGUUAACGCAACAGGUCUCUCUGCACACAAGCUUGUCCCGGACCCCAACAUGUUUCCCAUCCGGGGACAGACGGUCUUAGUAGCCGGGGAAGCGACUCAACUAACGACCCUCGAAUCAUUCGAGAUUGAUUCUCCAACUUCAAAGACGUCAGUCAUGUACAUCAUCCCGCGCCCGCGAUCCAAUACCACGGUUUUAGGGGGCACAAAGCAGGAGGGAGACUGGAAUGGCGAGCCCGACCCAGCGACGACUAAAGAAAUCCUUCGUCGAGCGAAGCGGUGGGCGCCGGAGCUGCUGAACAAGGAUGGCGAAUUUGACGUGCUGAGCGUGCAAGUUGGUCUCCGGCCAGGACGAAAAGGAGGGCCAAGGGUGGAGUUGGAGGAGAUCGAUGGCCGCCUUGUGUGUCAUGCGUAUGGCCAUGGGGCGGCUGGGUACCAGCUUUCGAUUGGAUCUGCGAAGAAGGUAGUUAGGUUGCUCAGUGAGCGGCUAGAAGAGCGCAGAAGCCGGUUGUGAGAGGUCCUGGUGCAAAAGGAUAGUGGUUUUUAUAGUUCUCUGGCCCCCUCGCUAUUACUCAUACGGCAUUGGCUCUUAAGCACCUGUAGGAUAAAAGAAAGUUUCAUUGCGUUUAUCCCGCAAGUUCAACGCGAGCAAUAAUAAUAUUCGUGGU